AUGGCAUUUUGGUCCAGCACUUCGGUUUUCACCUCUAAAGUGCCCCGGAAAAUCUUAUUCAUGUUCACCCUCUCCCUCUCUGUCACCUACUUGUUCUAUAGCUUGAUGAGCUGCUACAACUCGCUGCAGUUCCCUCUGCAAGAGAACUACGUGUAUCAAGGGAGGCUGGUGACGGAAGAGACAACUUUUGUGACAUUGAGGGAGAAACUUUAUUCCGCUUCACAGGGCUUUAACGAAUUCACCGAGGCCGAGAGAACCACCGCGGUUUCCACAGUAAAGGAUCAUGCUGAGGCCGAACAAAGGACAGUGGAGUGGAUUAGGACUCAGGCGUCUCCAACUAAAUCGGCGGCGGCGGCGUAUCACACCACCGCGCUGGAGAGGGAGCACCAGGAAUUCAGCACCACGGACAGCGAACUCAGGAUGAACUGCACCUCGGAUUACGGAGAAAAGAAACUUCCCCAAGCCAUCAUCAUCGGGGUGAAGAAAGGGGGGACCAGAGCCCUGCUGGAGGCUCUCAGGGUGCACCCGGACGUCAGAGCCGUUGGAAAUGAGCCACAUUUCUUUGACAGGAACUACGAGAAGGGUCUGGACUGGUACAGGGACCUGAUGCCUUCAACGCUGGAGGGGCAGAUCACCAUGGAGAAGACACCCAGCUACUUUGUGACUAACCAUGCCCCAAAGCGCAUCCACUCCAUGGCCAGGGACAUCAAGCUUAUUAUUGUGGUGCGUAAUCCUGUCACUAGAGCCAUUUCAGACUACACACAGACUUUGUCCAAGAAACCUGAGAUUCCCACCUUUGAGGUUCUGGCUUUUAAGAACCGGACGCUGGGUCUCAUAGACGCCUCAUGGAGUGCGUUGCGUAUAGGAAUAUAUGCACUCCAUUUGGAGAGCUGGAUGCAGUAUUUCCCCCUCUCCCAGAUGCACUUUGUCAGCGGGGAGAGGCUCAUUGUGGAUCCUGCAGGUGAGAUGGCCAAAGUGCAGGACUUCUUGGGACUGAAGCGGAUUGUCACAGACAAACACUUUUACUUCAAUAAAACUAAAGGAUUUCCGUGUCUGAAGAAGCCAGAGGACAGCAGCACUCCCAGAUGCCUCGGCAAGUCUAAAGGGAGAACUCACCCUAAAAUUGACGCGGAUGUGAUUCGGCGGCUGCACAAGUUCUACAAACCCUUUAACAUGAUGUUCUACCAAAUGACCGGCCAGAAUUUUGAAUGGGAGCUGGAGGAAGACAGUGAAUCUCGUAGCUCUCAGGACUAGUAGACUGCGGGAUGGCACGGCGCAGCCACACCACCAGCCUUCUCACUGAAACUACUAUUGUCUCGCUUCGUCUUCAGAGAGUGCUUGAGCACGCCAAUCAGUCAUGGCUGUCUUUGCAGUGUCUGUAUCCAUUAGCAAGA